AUGACUUCCCGUGUCACAGUUCAACAGGUUAUGGGCCGCACUUCGGCUUAUAUUAAUCUUACUUCCUCCGAAAAACUCACUCCUCUCAACUAUCAUGUCUGGGCUACCAAAAUUCUUUUGGGUCUUCGUGCUAUGAAUAAUGGUAUCCAUCUUUAUGUCGAAGCUGGUACUGUCAAUCCAGCUGCUAAUGAAUCCCUCGAAGACCUCACCGCCUCGCUUGAUACCGUCGUCCAUGAUGUCAUCCUCAACAACAUUUCUCCUGAGUUGAUCGAACAUGUUAAUGAUGUGGCCAUUAGAGGCCGUGACCUCUGGCUUUAUCUUCAUCAGGAGUAUAGUCAACUUCAACCCGCCGAUGUCAUCUCACUUAUGAAAUCCCUCUAUGCUGGCAAUAUUGAUGUUGGUCCAAAGUUUGUUUCUUCUGUUCGUUCUUAUGUUGCUACGUGGCGUUCCAUCUACCAAUCAUUGUCGCCUGAUUCGGUUGUGGCCUUCAACGCUUUGGCCUCAAUGGGUCCCAAUUGUGAGCGCUUCAUCCAGUACGCCUUGGAGCACCGCUUUGAUAGUAACAAUGCUGACAACCUUGAUAUCAACAACUUCAUCCGGAACACUGAUAAAUGGGCCAAGUUGUUGAAGAUUACUGGACCUCCAGCUACUCUUUCGACUGAAGCGUUCGUUGCUUCAUCAAAGAAGUACAAUAACAAAUCUAAGGGUGAUGGUAUCAAAUGUUUCCGUUGUAAGAGGCGUGGUCAUACUUCCAACAAUUGUCAUGUCUCUUGGGAAGAGGUUCAGGCUGCUCGCCAAGAUAAUAAGGAUGACAAGGAAUCUAAGGAGGCUAAAACCUCAAGAGGUUGGUUUGCUGAGACUAUUGAUGAAUUUUCUGAGAUAGUUGAUGAUGAUCCAUUUGUGAGUUCCGCUUUUGUGUCCGAGACAUCUGUUGUUUCUGAAAAGUUUGGUAACAGUUGCUCCGAGUCGUUUGAUGAUUUGGAAUCCGAACUUUUUGAUUCUUCUGAGCCGUGUGUCGGCGAUGAAGAUUGUUUUGUUGGUCAAGUUUCUGAGUAUUGUUCAAACUCAGGACUUGAUAUUGAUUCAGUUGGUAAACCGUUUGUUGGUUCCACUGAUGACUCUUGUUUUAAUUCUGAACCGUAUGUCGGUUCUACUGUUGUUUGUUUGGAGUCUGAACCGUGUGUCAGUUCAGCUCCUAUUUGUUUUGAUUCUGAAUCGUUGGUCGAUUCGGAUAUUGUUCCUUUUGAUUCUGAACCGUUGGUCGGUUCUUCUUUUAUUUUUUGUUCUGAUUCUAAACCGUUGGUCGGUUCUGAUGAUGAUAUUGCCUUACCUUCUUUUGAUUUUUUGGUGGAUUCAAUUACUGAACCUUCUCCACCUAUUGUUAAACCAAUUGUUACACCAAAAUCCCGUUUUUCUCCAUUCUUUUACUUAUCUUUUGUUACCAUCAUGUUGUUUUCCUUGAUUUUAAUUGUCGUCUGGCAUCCUUUUUCAAUCUUGGAUUUAAGUCAUUCAGUCCAUCACGUUUUUGUUGCUGAAUCUACUACUUCUGCUGAGGCCAACUUAGUUGUUGGGUCUGAUUCUUUUGACUUUAUCCAUGAUACUGGUGCUACCAGUCACAUUUGCAAUAACAUCUCAUAUUUUUCUUCUCUUCGUCCCACUUCGGCUACCAUUCGUGGUCUUGGUUCUGCUACUGCUGAGGGGGUUGGCGACAUUGUCGUCGAUCUUCUUGGUAAAGAUGACCAGCCUUGUGACCGCGUUGUUCUUCGAGAUGUUUUAUAUGUUCCUAAGAUUCCUCGCAAUUUAUUUGCUGCUCGUCGAGCUACUGCUGGUGGUUGUCGGUUCAUUCAAGACCUUAACCAUAUUUCUGCUGUUGAAAAUGGCAAAACUCGAGUCCACGCCAUUGCCAUGGGUGACUUGUACUUUUGUCGUUUCCGAGUUGUUUUGCCUUCCAAGCCUGUCCAUGAGGUGUUUGCUGUUGAGUCGUCUGCCAAUCUUUGGCACAAGCGACUUGGUCACGCCAGUGUGGACGUUCUCAAGAAAUUAUCUAAGUCACUUUCUGUCAAGCCUACUCAUUUUGAGGUUGUGGAUAGUCAUAAGUGUGACGCUUGCUUGGGGUGGCAAAGCCACAGCAUUGCCAUUUAA